AUGUCUGAAUCGAAAAGGUUGGAGCAAGAAGAACUCGACCUCAGAUGUCUGCAGUUGUUGAGGACGAUCAUUCACAACGAAGAAAGAAAGCUUCCAGAAGAUUGGGAAGAAAAUCCGUCUGAUAACAAAAAACAAAUGGCUGUAAUUCGAAACCUGCAAGUUGAAUUAAACGACAUGGGUGCAGUUAUUACAGCUCUGCCACAUUUGGCCAAGCCAUCGGAUCGCAUGGCCAAGGAGGUGCUGGCUUUCCUUUGCAUCAUGCUCUUCAAUGCUAACGAAAAAAUACAGUCUUCUUUGCUGCAAUAUUUCCUGCACACAAGAGAAGAAAGUUUUUUCGCCGCCAUAAGAAACAGAAUGCAUCUGUCUGCUUUGGCUAUUAAAGAAAAGCGUUCUCUGCUAGCCCAGCAUCGCGCACGUGCCAAAGAGGUUAUGGCGCAAUCAAAAAGUAUGCUCACUACAAUGGCCAUCGAGAAAAAAACAUUGCAGGAGAUUCAAGCGGUCGACUUGGCGUUGAAAAAGGACAGGAUUGCUACCAGGAUGAAUGGGGUAGCCGACAACUUGUACAAUGAACAACUUCCAGAUAAAUUGACUGCAAUGGGAGAUGAAAACCUUUUAGUUGGUUGUGGUGCUGACGAAAUUGAAAAAAUGUUUUUGCAAAAAGAAAAAAAACAGCUAAAGUCAAAACAAGAUCGUAAAAAGUUUUCAAAUAAUCUAAAGAAGGAUGGAAAGUUGAAGCAAAUGAGUUCCUCUCUCUCACCACAAAGCGACCUCUACAAAGAUACAGUCAUCGUAAAUAUUGACGACAACCACCAGGAGGAUGAUCAGCAAGACUUGGACAACAUUCAGAAUGAUGGCAUGGAUGACGAGGACGAGGACGACCUCAGCAACCUCGAUCAAAAGAACGGCGGAUGCAUCGGCGUUGUCUUAAGAGUGCUUGCUCGAAUGUGCGAUGGUCAGCACGCAGGACUGCAGGGCAACCAGCUAAAUAGAUCUGUAAUGUUAAAUAGCAAAGUGGUCGAUUACAUCAAUUUUAUUUUGAGAGCCGCCGAGUUUAGUGGAUGCAGCUUGAACAAGAUUUUGUCUCUGAAAAUGUCAAUCGGUAAUUUAGUGCUUGCAAUGAUUGAAGAGAACACACCCGAGAGUCUGAUCGUGGCAAAGGUCGUUGCUUUCUAUAUAUUCAUACUCUUCCUCGUAUUGCUUAACUUAGCCUUGACAGUUCUCAAAGAAGUGAAGGAUACAAUGGAUAAGGAAGCGGUAUAUAGAUGCAUGACCCAAUGCUACGAAUCCUGUCUCAGCGAUAGAACUAAGUUGGAUUCACUGAAGGGCAAUCUGAGCAUGAAAGCAAUUCAGGCAGCUAAAGAUCUUCCAAAGUUUGCUAAGAGGCAAGAUGACGACUCGAGGACUCCUGAAUUGAAGGAGAAACUGGACGAAGUUGGGUUCGUGUACUACCUGAUACUGGCCAGGAUCUAUGAUAUCGACCCCAAACUGGGCAACAAUGUCAACUUGACAGAAAUGCAGCAAGAAUCAUUCAACCAUUACAGAAAAAACACCAUGUCGAUAGAAAUACUUAAAGACUCAAACCUUCAAAAAAUUAACUUCAGAAAUGUACUAAGGAACGAGAUUAAAGAGAAGCUAACGUGGAAUGUCGAUCGCUCAUCCCCCAGCAAUAAGAUUCGAGAUCUCAUGAAGUGGUCCAAAGACAUAUUGAUCGAUAUCUACUACCAAAGAAAAAUUUUAUCGAAUCCUCUUGCUACCUUCCUCACUAAAAACUGGUUACUGUGGAAUAGACUGGUGAUAAUAUUGAGUCUGAUACUGAACAUAUUCAUGUUGGCCACUUGGAACGCCUCCAUGUCACUCGCUGAUCUGCCUGGGUCGAAAAAUUUAACCGAUCUUCCAGACGAACUAUACAAAGUUCACGUCCGCAACCACCCGCAUCCGCACUGCUCAUUACCUACAUCUGCACCCGCGAAAAGGCAACCUAAAUCAUGUUUAAAAUUAGAAGAGUAUUCGACAGUCAUCUACAGUCUCGGAGGUGUACACUGUUUUUUCUCCUUCCUCGUCCUCCUUACUUACUUCCUAUCUAACCAUCCUACUCUGCCAAGCUUCUCAGCAAUUAAACAAAAAUUUGCAAAAUGUGGAUGGAAAAAAAAGAAGAAAAAAGGAACUGACAGUGAGGAAGAGGAAGAAAAAGAACAUGAAUCCAAAUUGGAAGUCAAGUUCCUCAGUUUCACAACACUGUAUUACUUGGUUUUUUUAGGAAUGUCGGUUGCAGGGAUAGUUUUUCAAGAGGGUAAAGGUUCAAGUUGGAUUAAGUCGUUAUGUAUGAAAUUUUGUGUCUGUGUGAUGUACGGCUACUUUUUUGCGUUCCACUUGUUGAACAUCGUUAACAACAACCAGCUGUUGAGAGGCGUCAUACAGGCUGUCACACUUAACGGCAAAUCUUUGUUGUGGGUGGCCGUUCUUGGGCUAGUUGUGUUUUAUCUCUACGGCUUGGUGAGUUUUGCUUUGAUGCGAACUUCGUUUGAUCCCGAGAACGAGCUCUACUGUUCGACUCUCUGGCAGUGCACCGUCUCUGUCGUCCACUACGGCCUCGUCGGUGAUAUUUUUUCUAAAGUAGUCAGUCACCCUGCGGAGAAUACGUUUUACAGAUUUGGAUUUCUAGUACUUUUCCAUAUGUCAUUUUUCAUUUUUAUCACUACAAUUGGACUCAACAUCAUCUUUGGCAUCAUCGUAGAUACAUUCUCCGAGCUGAGAAAUCUUAAGUGGACCGCAGAAAGAGACAUGAUUGAUACAUGCUUCAUAUGCAGUAGAAGCAGCUACGACUUUGAACAUCAUGGACAGGAUCUGACAGACGCAGAAACUGUAACAGCAUGCAAAGCAGUAAAACAAAAUUAA